AGAGUUGAGACAGGCCAGUGUGCUUGUGUCUGUCAGUGGUGGAGGACGGAGAAGGUCUUGGCGCCUCCUCCCUCCCUCAGCACCACGGCUACAUCAUACCAGCGAUCAUUUUCCCGCUGCUGGGCCAAGGGAGACGGCUAUGACCCCCUGAGGCAAGAACGACCAUGACUGCGGCGGUGGCGGGCGUGGGCGUGGAGAUGGCGGGCGGGAGUGUGGGUGGGCGUGAAGAGCCCGCCGAACCCGUCCCUGGCCCGAGCGAAGGCGUCACCCCGCUCAUGUAUGCGUGCCAGCAGGGGCGUGACCACACAGUCAGGCAGAUUAUCCAUAGAAAGCCAUCCAGCGUGCAGGAGAGGGAUAGGACGGGCAAGACAGCGCUACACUACUGCGUGGAAAACCAGACGCUUUCAUGUAUAGACCAGGUGGUGGAGGCCGAGAAGGGGCUGAUCGGGGCGCGGGACGAGGAUGGGUACACGCCCCUGCACCUGGCCACCAUCGCGGGGAACAAGGCAGUGGUACAGUAUCUCCUGGGGCGUGGUGCUGACGUCAAGGCGGUGGAUAAUGAAAAGCAUACGGCGGUACACUGGGCGACUGUGUGUGGGGAAGUGGAGCUGCUGGAGAUGCUGAUGGAGGCUGGCGCUGAUGCUUCCACUCCUGACCUACACGGUGCCUACCCUCUGCACUACGCCGCCCAGAUGUGUGGUCCGAACAGCGAGAUGGGGAAUGACGUGCGUGUCGGCCUGCAAGUCCUUCGCAAACUCCUUCAGUACGGCGUGGAUGUGUCCGUCACUGACCACGACGGCCGCACGCCCCUCCUCUGGGCCGCCAGCGCUGAAGUGCGGCCGUCUCACGUCUACUGUCCCUCAGGAAGUGCCGAUGCCAUCCUCGCCCUCAUCAAUGCCGGUGCCAGCGUGAGUGCCGACGACAAGGAUGGCCUGACAGCUCUGCACUGCGCCGCCUCCAGAGGUCACCUAGAUUGCCUCGAUUGCCUUCUCAACUUCUGUGGCGCCGAAGUGGACACGUUAGACUCAAAUGGAUGCACGCCGCUGUUCUACGCCGUCACGCUGGGCCACGCUGACUGCACGGGCCUUCUGCUGCAUCACGGCGCCCACCCAGACAAGCAGGAUCGCAAGGGCCGCACGCCGGCGCACUGCGGGGCCGCCAAGGGACAGCUGGAGACCCUGAAGCUGCUCCACCACAAGGGCGCUGACCUGUGGAAGCGUAACGUGAAGGGCGACUUACCACUACACGAGGCCUGUCAGUCCGGGCGGCGUGAUCUGGUUCUGUGGCUGCUGUCCAUGCGUCCAGACACCGUGAACGCCCCGAACCUGGAUGGCCGGUGUCCGCUUCACAUCGCUGCCAUCAACAACAAUAUCGAGAUGUGUAAAAUUCUCAUGGAUAAGCAGGCAGCAGUCAACCCUAUCAUGAGAAACUCCCGGGGACAGCUGCUCACCCCACUGGACGCCGCAGUGGCCCGCAGUAACCGAGGCUGCGCGAAGUACCUGCAGCUCCACGGUGGCAUGGCGGCCUCCAAGCUGACAGACAAACACGCCCUGCAGAAGGCGAUGCAGAGGGCGCUGGAGACGAGUCAGCAGGGCAGCAGGGAGCAGGAGGGGGAGGAACUGAUGAGCUCUUCCGCCUCCUCCGUGCACAAGUCUAAUAGGUCCACCAUGACCGCUUCUCCUGUCAACAUGGACGCUCAGACGGAGACCACAGGAGGCGCUGGCGGUGUGGACGGGAUGAAAGAUGCGCAGGAGCCGGGCUUCAGUGACGGGCUGGCCGUGGGACGUGAGUCGGACGUAGAUGGACUGACGGACCCGGAGCGACACACGGAGGACGAGGAGAAUGCGGAGGCGGGGCGGCGGAAGUCACGCACCCGCCGGCGGAAAGAGAAGCACCGCGGCAGGAGCGGCGAGGAGCAGCUCGCCAGCGGCCAGGUGAGGGACGGAAAGGUGGAGAGCAUGGAAAGCAGUCUGCGGAGGAAGGGGCGCAAGAUGGCAUCCCCUUCCACUGAGGUGUCCAUUACCCAGGCUAUGCAGAAUACAAUGAGGAAGUACGCUCUGGAACGCCGCCUCUUCCAGCAACUCUUGGAACUAAAGCGAGCGCAAAUCAGGAACUCUCGCGCUAAUGAACACGUGCUGAUCAAGAGAAUGGUGGACGUUUUUCACAAGGAGGGCAUGUUACUCGGCCUCCGCGGCUACUCUGGUCCAUACAAUUUCAACAGCUACGAGAAAUAUCUGUAUGAUCAGCUACGGUUCCUGCAGAGUUCCCAGGGCAUAAAGAUCCCCGCCUUCCGCCCUACUGACGAUGUAGAGAAGCUGAGUCGAGCUAUACGGAGGGCGGAGAUCAAGGAGUUACCAGAUCCUCUACAGAACAACAUGGACGCCCACACUUGUAACCACACCACCCACAGAUGCCACCACGCCGCCCACGCCUACACCGGCAUACCCUGCGCCGCCUACAUCGGCUACAAGAAGAAGAAAUCACUCACCGCUAACAACAACAAUAACAACAAUAACAACAACAACAACAAACAAGUCUCUCUACCCAAGAUCCCGGGCACUCAGACGGGGGGCGGAGGAGGGGGCGGAUCUCCUCUAGGUGGCUCCCCCGCGCAGGGCCUGGAGGGGGGAAUCGGGGGGCGAGUGAAGCAGGGGGAACCGGUGGGGCUGAGAAACUAUGAUCCCCGAAACCCUUUGACUGUUGAAUUGCAGCACGGACAGGCCCGCCAGCAGAUAGUCCUGCCCACUGACCUUUUGGAUAAGAACAAGAAAUACCAUCUCACCUUCACCAUUAAGCCAUCAAGUUCCAAGAUCAAAGAACAGACAUCCUUGGAGACCGACCCUAACGAACAGUUAUCCCCCGUUCGUGAGAUCCUACCGAGCGAUCCUGCAGGACAAGAAUCUCUCGCUAUGGACUCCCUCCCGUCAGAAAGCCAGCAGGAAUCUCAGUCAGCGGCCCUUGAAGCAGGAACGGAGGCCUGAACGCAAGGAGGCAAGAGUUAAGCUAAUCUUGAUCAUCAGUGCUGCUUCAGGAGGGAAAGACAACAACGCCUUCUCUGGUUCCUGUUCCUCCUUACUCCUACCCCUGCAGUCUCAUUCCCCAAGCUUCCCUAAGGUGUCCCUGGGGUGUCUGUGGGUGUCUAAAGGCGUAAGAACGAUUCCAGGUCAAUGUUGCUGAGUAGAAAAUGAGGAACACUUGCCCAUUUGGUUCUUUUAUUCCAACUGUUUACCGUUACAGUGCGAUCCGAGAGACUUAAAUGAGAGGAAAUGAGGGAAACUUUUCUAUUGGUUCUGUCUUUUUAUUCAGUGUUUGUCUCAAGGUGUCACGGGACUUGGAAUCGCGCACGCUGUCUUGAAGUUAAACGUGCAGUGCCGAUGUGUGAUAACUUACGUGCUUUCCUUUCACGUGCUCGGUUGUGUAGCGUGGUGAUGCUUUGCCAGAGGACGGUGGUGGGAGAUUACUGGAUGAGAAUAUGAAGAAUAGCGGAGGGAAAGUGAAGGAUAGAAUAGCAAAGCGUAGAGGGAAGACACAGUGGGAAGAAAUGAUUAAGAAUGACAGGAUAGAAUAAGAAUGAGAGAAGAGGAAGGAUAAAGGUAAGAAUGUGAUUAGGAAAGGCAGGAUAGUACAAUAAAGAUAGCGAGAAAGGACACGGUUAGAUAAUAAAGAAGAAAGGAUAGAUUGGAUGACAGGAAGAUUAGAUAAGUGAACGAAAGAGAGAGAAAGAUGAGUUUGAUGCAAGAACGAGGUAAGAUAGCGAGAAAGGACGCGGUUAAAUAAUAAAGAAGAAGAAGAAGGAAGAACAGAUUGGAUGAGUGAAGGUUAGAUGAACGAAAGAGAGAGAGAGAGAGAGAGAGAGAGAGAGAGAGAGAGAGAGAGAGAGAGAGAGAGAGAGAGAAAGAGGAAUUUGAUGCAAGAAAGAGGUAAAAAUAGAAACAAAGGUCACAGUUAGAUGAAGAAGGAAAGAAGGACAGAUUGGAUGAGUGGAAGGUUAAAUGAGUGAACGAAAGAGAGAGAGAGAAAGAGAAAGAGAAAUAGGAGUUUGAUGCAAGAACGAGGUAAAGAUAGAAAGAAAGGUCACAGUUAGAUUAAAAAGAAGGAAAGAGAUUGGAUGAGUGAAAGGCUAGAUGAGUGAACGAAAGAGAGAGAGAGAGAGAGAGAGAGAGAGAGAGAGAGAGAGAGAGAGAGAGAGAGAGAGAGAGAGAGAGAGAGAGGAAUUUGAUGCAAGAACUGGGUAAAGAUAACGAGAAAGGUCACAGAUGAAGAAGAAGAAGGAAAGAAAUUGGAUGAGUGAACGAAAGAGAGAGAGAGAAAGAGGAGUUUGAUGCAAGACCGGAGUGAAAAGACAGGAGUAACGUGGGAAGAGGAAAGCAGUUUACUAGUUACCCAAGUCUUCGAUGGUUGAGUGGGCCAAUAGAGAGAGUAGAGAAAGUCACCUUAAAUUACAGCACAGGUCGUUAGCUUAGAUUAUUAUUAUUAUUAUUAUUAUUAUUAUUAUUAUUAUUAUUAUUAUUGUUGUUAUUAUUAUUAUUAUUGUGUGAACGAGCGAUGUUUAAAAUGGUGUUAACUUCAUCAUCACCGCCAAUCUCGUUAACUUGUCAUGGUUACUCAGGCAUUAUGUAACUUUUCAAUGAGUGUAAAUAUAUAGUACUAUAUUUAUAUCAACUCCCCUUACUAAGUCACUCCCUCCCCUCACCCCACUCCCUUCCCCUUGUAUAAACUGUGCCCUUUCCCCUCCCUCCCUCCCUCCGUCUCUCCCUGCCCCCUUCCCUUCCCUUCAUUUUAGUGUAUAUAUGUACGUGUCUGUUACGUCUGUUACCACUGGAGAGAUUAUGUUACUUCCUUUAUAAAUCUUGCAAAGUCUAUGUUACUGUAAGUCAAUGAGCUGAAAAUACGAACGGUCUGUGAAUAUUCUUUUUUUUUUAUUCUGUGUCUUCAAUCUUCAUUUUCUGUGUAAAGUCAAGGUUAGUGUAUAUUGUUAACCCUUCAGUACUGGGACGCAUUUUUACCAUGAGUUUGUGUGUGAUUGGAUUGGAAAGGGUCUAUGGAGGUGAGAAGAUUAGUGGCCACAGUCUUCAUUCUUUUAAUCCCCCACAUAAGUUUCUGGACCUGUAUAGAAUCGUCAGAUAGUUAGCAGAAGGAAUAUGGAAACGCGUCGUAGCGCUGAAUGGGUUAAGUUGGAAAUACAAGUUGUCUGUGUGUUUAUCUUGGUUUUGUCUGUCUUCACUUUUCAUUGUUCAUUCAUUUGUUUUUGUUUGUUUUUCAUUUACCAUUUUCUUUCGUUUCUUCCCUCAAGCUUUAUUUUUCUUUUCUCUAUAAAUGCUAAUCUUUUAUUCUUUAUUUCGAAUUAUCUAAUCAUAUCGUUAUUUAGUUUUGUAUUCUAUUAUUUUCAUCCUUCGUUUUUUUUUUUUUGUUCUAAUCUACAAUUCUUUAUUUUCCUAUUCUUAUUUUUCUUUAUAAAUGUUCUCCUAUCAUUUUCAAUUUCGAUUUACCAAUAGACAAUAAAACACCAAUUUUAUUUAUUUACUUCUUACAGACAUCCAUCUUUCAUUGCCAUUUCAUUUAAUUUCUAUAUCCAUGUUAGGUAUUUUUCAUAAUAAAUAAACCUACGUAGUCAUUAAUAAACAGCCUCAUACAGUUUAUGAAGACUAUAGCAGGAGGUACCGAGUUCACUGACAUCCAUCUUCCAUUACCAUUUCAUUUAAUUUCCAUCCAUGUUCCGUAUUUUUCAUAAUAGAUCUAAGUAUUCAUUGAUAAACAGCUUCAUAUACUACCCUGCAUUCCACAUCUCUUCACUUUUUUCAUUUUUCCUUCUUAAUCUGACCUUAUUUCUCGUAAUUAGUCCAGGUGUUCAUUGAUAUACACCCUCAAAUACCGUUUAUAAAGACUAUAUAAGACGGUACUGAGUUCACGACCAUUCCAGCGGCUUAUGAACCACUACUGUUAUACUUUUCUGGUGUUUUUUAGCGUCUCUUUAUCUCUCAGUUCGAUGUACUUAUAUGUUGGAACUCAUAUAAAUCUAAUAAACACGGUGUAAAAAU